AUGUGUUGUCCUCCUGCAUGGUGGGUGGCUGCUGGCGUUGUGUGCCUUCCUUGCGUGGAUGCCGUCUCGUGGUGUGUGAAGUGUGCGGCUGGGCCUGCUGCCCUCUCCUCAUGUUGUCUGCUCUCUCUCUCGCUGUAUCCGCUGUGCUCCGUCCCUCUCCCUCUUGUUGCAUUCUUUUCCUUCUGGCUCACAGAUCAGCUGACUGACUCCAGCGACUCCACUACGGGUGAUGAUGACUGCGAUGAUGACGAUGGUGACGGUGCGGCUCCGUGUGGCGCGCGCCGUGUUGGUCCUUGCGCUCUUGCUGCUGCUGCUGCUGCUCGUGUGUGUGACGACUCCGGCGGAGGGCGAACACAAAAGGAGGGAUGCAGGCGCUGCGUGUGUGUGUGCAGGUGCCAUGCAACAACGUCACAACAAACAUGCUGCGACUCGGUGACCCUCACAUCGUUGUGGUCCUCACACACAGCCGAGGCACGGCCCACACCGAUGCACUUAGUGGACGGAUUGAGGCAUCUUUCGAGGCGCUGCAGGGAACAGGAUGUGUUGACGCAGCCACGACGUGCAUGGAGUGUCACGAUGGCACAGUCGGCUGUGGCUGGUGGAAUAUUUACUUCUCGGAGGCAACAGAGAGAGAGCUGCUCCUGCUGCUGGUGUCGUUGCUGCCUUUUGUGGCCUGCCAUGCCGAUUAUUGUCUGUCCGCUGAUCAUGGGUGGCAUGCCUCCACUAGUGACGUCGUCUGCAGGCAUUUCACAGCACCAGUGA